AUGAAUAUUUUGCUAUAUGAGACACAAUAUUUUCUUAAUCGAAUUUCACUAAUAUUUAUGGACUCUUAACUGGUGAUUUAUGGAUCAAAUAAAUAAUGCUUUUAAAUAUUCAAAUACUAUAAAAUUCAUCCAUAUUUCUUUGAUUUUGUUUUUAGUAAUCAUUAUUUUCUAAUUUAACUUUAUUCAAUUCGAAAAUAAUUUAACAUUCAAAUUUAUAUUCCUUUAAUAUUAUAAAUCUUAAACUUGGAAUAGUCAAUAAUACAUAUAUAGUGA